AUGAAUGCAGCUGUGAGAGCGACAGUUCGAGUGGGAUUGUACACAGGAGCCAAGGUGUACUUUGUUCAUGAGGGUUACCAGGGUCUGGUGGACGGGGGAGAUCAUAUCCGCCCUGCGACUUGGGAGAGUGUGUCGAUGAUGCUGCAGUUGGGUGGAACUGUGAUUGGUAGUGCUCGCUGUCAGGAUUUUCGCACCAAAGAGGGGCGCACCAAGGCUGCCUAUAACUUGGUCAAGCUAGGCAUCACCAACCUGUGUGUUAUUGGAGGUGACGGCAGUCUCACUGGUGCCAACCAGUUCAGAACAGAGUGGAAAGACCUGUUGGCAGAUCUGAUUAAAGCUGGAAAAAUCACAUCAAAUGAGGCCAAGAGUUCCUCCCACCUUAAUAUUGUUGGUAUGGUGGGCUCCAUUGACAAUGACUUCUGUGGGACGGAUAUGACCAUCGGCACUGACAGUGCUCUGCAUCGCAUCAUAGAAAUAGUGGACGCCAUUACGACCACAGCACAAAG